GGCGAACUGGUCCAGGCGUCCGUCUAUUAUUUCGCGUGCGCCCGUGUGACAGACAGCCGCAACUUGUAACUCCUUGUCAUUCUGCGACACAACUUUGGAUACCGAGAAUGUAUCUACUCGUCCUCUUUGUUGCGGCUCUGCAAACACUCAACGUGACGCCUGCGCUACAUACGCUGCGUUAUUUCACCACAGCGUCCUCUCAAAUCGCAAAUCUGCCAGAGUUCUGGGAGGUCGCAUAUGUGGACGGCGUUCAGAUUUUGCAGUUUGACAGCAAGAGCCGGAAAACAAAAGCCAAGCUGGACUGGGUGAACAAAAUCGCAGCAGAGGAUCCAGACUUGUGGGAGCGAGAGCUGUACGGCAGUAUCAACAAUGAGCAGGUGUCCAAAGUCAACCUUGAAAUCGCUAAAGAGCGCUUCAACCAAACUGGAGGCGUUCACAUGAUGCAGCGGAUGAACGGCUGUGAAUGGGAUGACGAGACUGGUGAGGUGGAUGGUUGGGAUCAGCUCAGCUAUGACGGAGAAGACUUCAUCUCAUUUGAGUGGAAAACGAUGAGAUGGAUCGCAGCCAAGCCACAAGCGUUCAUCACAAAGAACAAGUGGGAACGAUUGGAGGGCCUCAAAGAAUACUGGAAGAGAUCCGUCACAGAGAUUUGUCCUGCUGCCUUGAAGACGUACGUGAGCAAUGGGCGGGACUUCCUGAUGAGAACAGAGCUUCCGACGGUGUCUCUCCUCCAGAAGACGCCUUCCUCUCCGGUCACCUGCUUCGCGACGGGUUUCUACCCCCUCACAUCGGAUCUUUUCUGGAGGAAGGACGGCGAGCAGCUGUACGAGGACGUGGAGAUGGGCCAGACGCUCCCCAACCACGACGGAACCUUCCAGACCGCGGUCCACCUGAAAGUGGAGGCGGCGCCCGACGCGGAGGCCAAGUACGAAUGUGUGUUCCGGCUGGCCGGCGUCGAGGAAGCCAUCGUCGUUAAGUUGGACGGCAAAAACAUCCUGAGCAACGCGCGCGAUGCAGAAGAACGAGUCAAGAUGGUGGUGGCCAUCGCUGUCACGUUGGGGGUCCUGGCUCUGCUGGCGGCGGGGGUCCUUGCCAAGCGUCGCCGGAACAGACAAGCCCGAUACUCUGCAGCGUAUAAGUUUCCUUUGAGCCACAAUAAACGGGGCAGUUCCACGAAGGUCCGAUUUAGGCCUUUGCAGCCAAAGCGUGAAUCGGGAGUCGCUUGAAACGGCAGGAAGAGUCGGCUCCGUAACGAUGCACACGUGAAUGUUGGUGAGAAGCGCCGUGAGAAGCUCUCGCUGUGCACCAAAAAAAAAACAAAAAACAUCGGAGCCUUUCAUGCGAGUUGAAUUUGUUGAUUGGCCGCGCUCGUAACCGAAACCACUCGCGUCACAAAUCCUCUUGUCCAAUGAAAUAAACGGAAAUGCCAAUCAGCCUUUCCGGCUGUCCCCAAAAAGACAACAACAAUGGUUGUCAGGUGUCAUAUUUAAAAAAAAUCAUACAUACAUGCACACAGUCAUGAGAUCAUGAAAUCGAUUUUUGAAGGGAGAACAUGUUGGUUUUUGUUUGGUCUCACUGCUGAUUGACGGCCACUGAGCGUCGGCCAUCUUGGACAGUUUAAGGCAGACGCAAAUCAAGGCGUCUCAAAUCCUUUGCGGUUAUCGGUACGUCACUAAUAUGAGUUGUUUCGACACAGAGGAUAAAGAAUACGCAAAAUAACACCGUGUACUGUCCAGUGCAGACACGGCAACAGUUGUAGAAUAAAAAGACGCAAGUAGAUCGGACAGCGGUGCAAAAGUCAUUCGGCAGUGAACGUCUCAGCGGAGCAAAUCCUUUGGCGCCAGCGUGACUCGUUUGGCUCCCGCGCCGGCUUUGGAAUGUGGAAAUGCUCUCGGCCAUCUUGAUGUGGAUUCUCGUUCACGCUUUGCUUCGGCUCUUCUCCCUUCAGACGCCAAGAACACAAGUGGGCCCGCUGAGCACGUUCUCAUUACACCGCCUUUGAAAACGCAGAAGUUUUUUUUUCUUU